GCCAGCCGCGGGGGGCGUGGGAUGGGGGAGGCGGCGGAGGGGAGCGCCCGCUGCCACUAGAGCCAACCGCGCACUUCCGAAGGGUGUCGCGGCUGCGCUCCCCUCCCGCGCCCCGGGAACUUCAAAGCGGCCCGCGCCGCCCGGUCGGUCGCCCCGCUGCGCUCUGGGGCCCCCCGCAGCCCCGUACGGCCGCCUGGUGGCCAUGACCCCAGCGCGCGGCUCCGCACUGAGCCUGGCCCUCCUGCUGGUAGCCCUGGGCGCCGAGCUCGCCGCAGGACUGAAGUGUGUGUGUCUUUUGUGUGACUCUUCCAACUUUACCUGCCAAACUGAAGGAGCAUGUUGGGCCUCUGUCAUGUUGACCAAUGGGAAAGAGCAGGUGAUCAAAUCCUGUGUGUCCCUCCCGGAAUUAAAUGCUCAAGUCUUCUGCCACAGUUCCAACAACGUGACCAAAACCGAAUGUUGUUUCACAGACUUCUGCAACAACAUCACACUGCACCUUCCAACAAUAUCGCCGAAUGCCCCCAGACUCGGCCCCACGGAGCUGACGGUGGUUAUCACCGUGCCUGUUUGCCUGCUCUCCAUAGCUGCCAUGCUGACAAUAUGGGCAUGCCAGGACCGCCAGUGCACAUACAGAAAGACCAAGAGACACAACGUGGAGGAACCUCUGGCAGAGUACAGCCUGGUAAACGCGGGAAAAACACUCAAAGAUUUGAUUUAUGACGCCACUGCCUCCGGUUCAGGCUCUGGUCUGCCUCUUUUGGUGCAAAGAACAAUUGCAAGAACUAUUGUACUUCAAGAAAUAGUAGGAAAAGGUCGAUUUGGGGAAGUGUGGCAUGGAAGAUGGUGUGGGGAAGAUGUGGCUGUGAAAAUAUUCUCCUCCAGAGAUGAAAGAUCUUGGUUUCGGGAGGCAGAAAUUUAUCAGACAGUGAUGUUGAGACACGAGAACAUCCUUGGCUUCAUUGCAGCUGACAACAAAGAUAAUGGAACUUGGACUCAACUUUGGCUUGUAUCAGAGUAUCAUGAACAGGGCUCCUUAUAUGACUAUCUGAAUAGAAACAUAGUAACCGUGGCUGGGAUGAUCAAGCUGGCACUUUCCAUAGCCAGUGGUCUGGCUCACCUACAUAUGGAGAUUGUUGGUACUCAAGGUAAGCCUGCUAUCGCUCAUCGAGAUAUAAAGUCAAAGAAUAUCUUAGUGAAAAAAUGUGACACUUGUGCCAUAGCUGACUUAGGGCUGGCUGUGAAACAUGAUUCAAUCAUGAACACUAUAGACAUACCCCAGAAUCCCAAAGUGGGAACGAAGAGGUAUAUGGCUCCUGAAAUGCUUGAUGAUACAAUGAAUGUGAGCAUCUUUGAGUCCUUCAAGCGAGCUGACAUCUAUUCUGUGGGGCUGGUUUACUGGGAAAUAGCUCGAAGGUGUUCGAUUGGAGGAAUUGUUGAGGAGUACCAGUUGCCUUAUUAUGACAUGGUGCCUUCGGAUCCUUCAAUAGAAGACAUGAGGAAGGUUGUUUGUGACCAGAAGUUCCGACCAAAUAUCCCAAACCAGUGGCAAAGCUGUGAAGCACUCCGGGUCAUGGGAAGAAUCAUGCGUGAGUGCUGGUAUGCCAAUGGGGCAGCCCGUCUGACAGCCCUACGCGUGAAGAAGACCAUUUCUCAGCUAUGUGUCAAGGAAGAUUGCAAAGUCUAGCACCACAGAAGACAAAAGGAAACUGGCUACAGCAUCCUUUUGUGUCUCCUGCUUUGUGUAAAUGUUUUUGCUUCUUUUUGCCAUGUUUUGUUUUAGUUCUACCUCAAUGAUGAUUCAUGACAGUGUUUAGGUGUCUCAAAGGCAGCAUGAAAAGAUAACUCUAAAGUUAAGCAUGGGCAGGUCUUGACUUUUCCAAUCUCCAUGUUGUCAUUAAUUUUAUUUUUAAAAGUGACACAACUCAUUUUUUUUAUUUAAGGAGGAAGAUGUUAUGAAUAUAAAAUAAGCUACAUAAGAUAGUAAAACAAAACAAAACAAAUUGUUGUUUUACUUGAACCAGGAGCACACACAAACGCGAUGAAAAUAUACGAAAAAUGUGAACUAGGGCAUAUUAUAGGAAAAAAGAACUUUAGAAGCUAUCUGGACCCUUGAAAAGUAACGUUUGCUCAGAAUGUUAAUAUCGAAAGCCUGAAAUGGUGGAGAUCAUCAGUGGGUUCUGAGAGCAAGGUGAUUCUCUCCGCGCAUGCGCUCUCCUCCCUGCUGGCCACUUUCUUCAUUACCAUGACAGCAUUCCCAAAGUAGUUAGAAAGCCACCUGAGCUGCUGCUUGUGAUAUCAUAAAGAAGUCCCUGACGUCUUGAACACUGUGAACUGUUUCAGAGUCACGGAGCUCAUGCCAGAGAUGGUGACAACGCCUGUGACAUCAAACACUGUGAAGUCGGCUGGCCCUCCACAUUCCCUUCAGGUCCCACAGUUCUUUUCUCCCUAAGCGGGAGGGAGCAUCUUCAGUCAUGAUACUUUUAAUUUAGUCAUAGAGACACUAUAUCGAGUAUUUUGUAAGACCAGAACGGGCUUGCUAGAAUCUCAAAACCAAUCUACUAUCAUUUCCUCAUAAAAAAAAAUGUCAUCAUUAUCCCAUUCUUUAAUGAGAAAAAUGUUUUCUGAACAUUGCCAAAGACUGACCAAGUAUAAACAUAUAUUGUCUAGAGAUGUAUAUCUUAAGAUGUAAUUACUUUGGGGGUACAUAUUUAGAAAUAAAAUGACAAGAAGAUAAACAAGGAAAGAUUUUGAGAAAAACUAAGAGAACUCUCCCAGAAGAGUUUAACCUCUGACUGGUACAGAGAGGACAACAUUGGUUAUCAGAAGACAUUCUUAGCCUUUUGAGAGAACUGUGAGUAGAGAGUUUUGGAGGGUCUGCCUCUAUUCUCCUUUUUUGAGGUAUGAAAUAUUUAACAGGACACCUGAUAUUUCAUUCCAAUGUACUAUACUGCUUUAGUAGAGGUGAUUUAGCAUGUCCUUCAGUGUUCCCAAGCUCCAUUACUCAGAACAUUCUUCUGCCUAGAUGUGUUCUCUGACAGGAUCUUGAACACUAGCGCAUCCCAUCCUUUGAGGGUCCUGGCAGUAAAGACACAUUACCUGGACAUUUUAAAGGGCAAAUAUUUGAUCAAGCAUAGUGCGGUCUUUUCAUUACAGGUAGGGCAAAAUUUUACUUUGCGGCUUUUAGGUGUUCUACACAGUAUAACAUGGGGUGUCCCGUUGUGAAGGAUGCACCUAAGUUUUCCACAAGAAUACAACUUUAUGUGUACAUUUCACCGUGGCAAUAUGAUAUGGGAUUCAUUUCAUUUGACUAGGCUGAGAUAAGAGAAACAAAAUGCCUUGAUGACUAUGGGGUUUGCCUAUAUUUCCAUUCUCAAUCAUGCAUUCAUCCAUUUAUAAGCACAGAGCACCCCAUAACUCACUUGCCACAAUAUUGGGUACAAGAGGGAAUAAAAAGAUAGAUAGGUCCUGCCCUCAGGGAUUUUAAAGUCUAAUUUGGGAGUGGGAAAAAGCAUAUGAGUAUGAGGGAAGAAAGUAAAUUGACAGAUAAAAUAUGCAGUGGGAUGUCUUGAGUUCUGUGUGACAAUGCUUUCUAGAAUAGGUCUGAAAAAAAAUCACUUCCAAUUUGCAACACAUUUAGAAAGGAUCUUUAUUUAGAUAUUACAGUCUAAUUAUAUUAUCAGUAUCGAAAAGGUGCACCUAUGUGAAUGGAUAUUAAAAGGAACUGUGUGAAGGGGUGAUCUGGCUUGUGUUUAUUACCUUAUUUCACACAGUUUCUGCAUGAAGGAAAUGAAAUGAUUGACUUAGAUGAUUGUAUUCAAAUCUUUAAUAAAAACUUAAUACAUCCUGUUCUAUUUACCACUGCUUUGUGAAUAUACUUACUAGAUUUUUAAGAGAGGGUGUUUUAGCAUCUUUAUUUUUUGUCAUUAUGUUUUAUAAUUUAUUUGAGAGUAUGCAAAUGUAACUUAUAUUUUAUUGAUUCAGAUUUCACUGUGGAGAAAUCUGCACAUUGGUGUGUUCUGAGACAUUUCGUUUGUUCUUUUGCUGCUGAACUCUAAUUCCUAAGUAAAUAAUCUUAAAGGACAGAGCAGCAAAUGUGUAAGGGAAACAGUAGAACUCAUAGUUUUUCCUUAACUCUCAACACAGUUAGACAUAGAAACUGCUCACUUAUUAAAAAUAGAGUAACAUUUAGAGAAUAAGGCAGAUUUACUGUACAUACCUAUGCAGUUCAAUUUUAUACUACAUGUUUUAAAUGGAAUGUCAUGUAAUAAUUGUUCCUUUUAAAUAUUGUUGUGAGCAAAAAUAUCUCCUUAGGCUAGGUGCACAGUGACAUCAUUGUUUUGCGCCUUAUGGAUAUUUUGGCUCUGGGUAUAGCAUAGAGCUUAGGAAUGCUAUUAUGAAUUUUAGUACUGUAUGCAGAAAUGAUGGGACUUAUACACAGCAUCACUUCUUGAAAUAUGAGGCACAUUAUUUGUUGUCGACAUUUGAGCAUGAAUUCGUUGCCUUAUAAGUCGUGCGUUUAAGUUUGUAAUCAGUACCAAUUCUGUUGUAUGCAUUCUUCUGUGUCUAAAAUAUUUGGCAUGUCACAUCUAGAAUUCUUAAUUUAUGUUCUGCCUUGAGAGUUAAGUGAAACAUGACUGUCGUGCUCUAUUUUAAGCCUAGCACUUGCUUUUCAUCUUUAUACUUUCAAUUAACUUUGCAUUUUAAAUUUCCAUAAUUGUAUGAAAAUAGUAACCUGAUUGCAAUGUCUGAAGAAUUUAAAAUCAGCUUUUAUUUUAAAAUGAAAAAUCUACAAUACAUUCAUUAGAUCAGAAGUUUCACAAUAACUUAUCAUUUCGAAUGCUUCUAGUGUUGCAGAAUGAUUAAACAAAAGAGAAGUCUACUGUCCUGGAAUUUUGCCACCGUGUGACUUACUGGGGCAGAGCCAACUCAGGGCAAUCUUGGCAUCUAAGCAAAAGUCCCAGGGAACUACUUAAUGCAUUGCCUGAAGGCAAGGAGCGGGCAUCUGCCAUCAUACAAAGACCAAGAGGACAACUUAAAAUUACAUGACAGGGAAUAGUUUUUGAUUGAUUCUUGAAAGUAAACAUGAAAUUUUCCAUAGCUAAAUACAUUCAUUUAAAAUGUGGAAAUUUUGAUUUCCUAUCAAGCAGUUAGGGGAAAAUAACAAAUGUAUCAAAAUUGGUAGCUGAGGUCUUCAAUAGUCAUUUCCUUUAUAUGACUUUAAAAACUGACAUUUACCAACUCCUUAGAAAUGUUGACGCUUAGUGUCCUAAAACGAUGUCACUGUAGUUUUCGAAGCUAUUAUCUCUUUUUAUUUGUGAAAGGUAAUACUUCACAGCUAACAAUGCUGUGUUCUAGUUCCAGCUGUUGAUACUCACUUGGAUUUGAGUCACUAUCUUAGUGAAGACUGUCACUAAGAAAAUAGUGACAGUCACAGUGAAGAGAGCUUUAAGGGCUUUUAGGUUUUUUUUCCCUUUUUACAGGAUUCUUUAAAACUGAACCAAAAAAAAAUUCUAGAAUGCAAAACAUUCAUUAAAAAUGGAGUAUUAAUCAGAAUUUAUAACAUACACUUUUUUUUCAAAGAAUUCUAAUGCAAACUUUGAGGUGCUUGGCUUUCUUUUUGCCCUUAAACUUUUCUUUGUUUCAUUAUUUUUCACCUUCUUUUAAAUUUAAUGUUCUUUCACCAUCUUCCAAAAUUAUAGUUACUUCUUAAUUAUUUUUAAGCAUAGCUAUUAUUUAACUUAACCAUCAUAGAAUUUUACAUUUGUGAUGGAAAAGAAAUCCCUUAGUGAUCUGAAUUAUUUCAUAUGUGCCACAGUGCAAAAUGAAAAUGAGAAUUAAAAAAGUUAAAGUGACUCUGAGAUUCAUAACUUGAUUCCAGUAUUUUUUAGAUGAAGAAACUGAAGAUCAGGCAUAGGAUGGUUGCUAAUUAUUGUAAAACGUGGUAGUGACAUCCACUUCUGCAGCCCUGCUAACUUUUACAAAUUAAAAAGUUAAUCAGCAUGUAUCUAAACCUGCUGUGUACACAUAUAAUUGUAUAUUAACAUAACGUGUCAUUCAGUGCUGAUGGUCAAACCCUACUUCCUUGAGCAUUUCCAUGAAAAUAAUUUGCUCAUGUCUAAGUCAGCAGGAAAAAUGAAAAUAGGCAGAAACAAGGAUUUUAAAAUAGUCAUCAGGCUUGGUAGACCAGCCCUGGAGUCUGAAGAUACAACUGAAGAGUGACGAGUGUGUGGAGGUUCUCAAUGCAGGCUGGAGAUGCAGGUCUGUGGCAGAGGUCUUACUUAGCAUGCGCAAGGAUCUGGGUUGAGUCCUCAGGGCUGAAAAGAGGAAGAAAGAACAGGAAGGAAGAGAAGGAGGGAGGGAGGGAACAGAAAAAAAUAUUCUCAGUGUGAGUAAUGACUACAGAAGCUUCCAGACUCUUCCCCUGCUUCCUUCCUACGCACAGUGGUCAUCUCGCUCGUCUUGGAAAAGGUGGAAGAUGAUUUGGUGCAUGAAUUGGGGGCUGUGUUUGCCGUCAUCUAUCCACUCUUUCUCUCCUUAGCUUUGUCUUUGGCAUUGGUUUUUUUCCAGGGACAGGUUUCCUAAAACCCAAGUCACUCCACAGCUCUGUCCUUUUGUGUGUUUGAGCACUGUCCAGAUGGUUACACACUGAACUUCUUAACAAGGCUCUAAUCUCCCCACCGUGUAGAAGAGGUUUCGCCUCAUCAAUUCACUGCUGAUUAUUCUCUUGGCACUGGGAAGAGGGCUUUGUUAAUGGCAGACAUGACUUUCUCUUAAACUUUAGUCAGACUGUCUGGUUGUCUUCUAGCUUUUAGCUAAGGCAUAAAGAAUGCCUGCUCCUGCUUUAAGGCUGAAUUCCACUUGAGCAGUGACUUGAACAGACUGUGAAAUGCAUGUCCCUCUGAUGUGAGGGCUCGAGUUACUUCUGUGGUAAUUGGUGCCACUGGAUCGUUUUACUUCUGCCAUCCUUUUAGAAUUAUUUAUUUAUUUUCAUGUGUUAUGGGUGGAUUGAUGUGUGUUUGUGUUUGUGUUUGUGUGUGUGUGUGUGUGUGUGUGUGCGCGCGCGCACCAUGUGCAUGCCCAGUGCUUGGAGAGGCCAGAAGGAAGAGUCAGGCCCCUGGAACUAGAAUUAUAGGUAGCUGUGAGCUGCCACAUGGGUGCUGGAAACCAAGCCUUGGUUUUCCGGAAGAGCAACCAGUGUUCUUAGCUGCUAAGCCAUCUCUCCAGCCCUGCUUCCGCCAAGUUUUUAGACUAAGCCAUGUGCUAUGCUCUUUUGAAUGUAGAUUAUACUGGAAUUAGGUAACAAUCUCCACUUUAAAAUUUGUUAUUGAGAACUGCCAGAAUCCUUCUCCAGUUAGCUGUAAAUGAACAUAACAUUUGUGGAAAAAAAAUGAGUUCCAGCUCAUCCUCAUUUUAAUACUGCCAGAAAUGCAUUUUCUCCUUGUUGGUCUAUGUUAUACCACAAGAAGUAUCUUCCUGGACUCAGCACUUUCCACUGGAACACUUACUUCCAUCCUGGGCUUUAGGAAUCUGAUUAUUAACACAUUCACUAAGAGCCUGAGUGUGGUAGGACAUUUACCUCCUUUCCAGCAUCUCAUAUGUGAAUUCUCCACAGGGAAUGCACAGCACAGGCUAGCUGAGGACUGGCUGUGGUAAACAUGGCAAUGGGCUCUUCCCUCUAGACAUAAUUCUAUAGCUCACAGAAAAGGACACAAUGCAUUUCUGUAUCAACAUAAAAUGCCUGGGUUAUCCAUCAUUAAGAAAUUGGAGUGAAAUGUAAAAAUGGUUCUUGACAUACGCAAACUGAACACAUGAUUUUGAGGACUAAAUACUUUAACUCUUCUUCAUCUCAGUAUUCCCAAGAGCAGAUGAGGCAGAAGGUUUAUCCUGUUGAUAGAUUUUUCUUUCCCUACCCCAAAUCAUCUGCAGCAAGGCACGGGGACCUUGAUUUCUAGCUAUCCAUUGAGUUUUCAUUCCAUGGAUGAAUCUAUUUAUUUGCUUUUCCUGUAAAGGUAGGCUUGUAUGUCAGGCUCUAAGAAAGCCAAGCAUAGACAGAGACUUAUCAAUAUACUCAGUUUUUCAUUGGCAAAAUAGUAACAGCAUUUUUAAGGAUCUGACAGUUUUCUUCUCUCUUUAUCAAAUGAGGGUAAAUUUGAGUAAAAUAUUAGACUCCAGCUCAUCUCUAAAAUGGCUUAUGUCAAGUCGUGUACUCUCCUGACCCUAGGCUGGAUAAAAUUAUUUGCACUUGAUUGGGGUUUCAGGUUUUAAAAUGGCCUAAAAAGAGAAAAUUAGAUUCAGAUCUUUUUUUUUAAAAAAAGGAUUUUGGAUUGAUUUUCAAAGCACUAAUACUAAUUAUACUUUUCUUUGGGUAGUGUGACUCCUCUUAUACCUAAGAACAUAUCACACAUGUCAAAACCAUUGCAUUUUGACAUUGCAAAAACAUGCCUUGAACUCUUGAACUACUGUGAACAGAGCCACUGUUGUUGAGACCUUUUUUGUAAUGUAGCUGAUAUUCCUAAGUAUGUAAAAAGCUGUCGCUUUCUAGAGACGGGCUCAAACGAAUGUAUAUAAGGACUGUGAAAAAAUAAAUUGGGCUUUAAAAUAAGAAGUGGAUGAUAAAUUGUAUCCAAAAUGUGCAGAUGGGAAUUGUAGUGUGUAGCUGUGUUUUCAUUGUUGAAGGCUGAACAGAGUUCCACGGAGUCAUGGAUGACAUUCAGAUGUUUCAUGAAUUUCGAAUCUGUGAACAUAUGCAUUUUAUAGUAAUAUAUACUUAUAUUGUUUAGAAAUAAUGAUAUUUUAGAAUUUAGUAAGAGCUCAGUGAUAGCCUUCAUACCAAAAUGUUUAACUUUGCCAACAGCAAGUCAUAAAAGUAUUUAUUUUAAAGCUUUUUAAUAUUACUGCAUAACUUCCUGCUGCCUCCAGGUGUACAUACUUCUCUGCCUAAAUGUUAUAUUUUUAUGUAUGCAUUUUCAGAAAGCAUAUUGUUUUGUAAAGUGGCAAAGACAAUAAAUUAAGCACUCCUUGCACUUGUUUCUGUAAGGCAUAAAGAACUCUAUUUUAAAUAAAAGAAAAUGUGUCAUAUGUUGGUA